AUGCAGUUACAAGAAACCAGCAACAAGAGACAGUCACCUCAUUCUCCGACGGAAAACGAAAAACGCUUUUCCCGCUUUACACAUCAAGAUCACGACGCAUCGAUCUCUCAUGGCGACAAGAUGACGCCACGCAUCAUUUUCAUCAUCAGACACAAGCGGUUCUUGCACCAGUUGCAGCAUCAGAGCCUUCUCCUCUACCUGCGGGCGUGGAGGCUAGUCUCGUCGGGCCACACGCCGGCGAUAACAUCGACACGAGUGCGCGCUGUGUGGUAUCUUUCUUUUUUUUCUUUUUCUGAAUACGUUAGCCAACGCUCAGGGAUUGUCUACUUCUUACACGUGAUCGCGCACGAAAGUCGAAAUGUAUGUGGAAUACUUACAGAAUUAUACAGACACUCUGUUUAGCUAGUUGUGGUCUAGCUGCUAUUCAUGGAGCAGAUGAGGAAGCAUUUCUGACCCGCGCCCGAAAGUGAUAGCCCCACUAGUCCACUGCAUGAGCAUGUAUACCGAAGGCCUUAGAGUUCGAGCCCUGUUAGUGGGAUCAAAAGUAGUUGCGUCGUCUCAUUUGUACUGUGGCUAUGUAGAACCUCAUGCUUCCAUCUUUUUCACGAACACGAUCGUGAGCCUCUUCAUCACACGAGGAUAUGGUAAAGGUGUAGACCAGGGCCCCUGGGACCAGGGCCCCCAGGACCAGGGCCCCCAGGACCAGGGCCCCUAGGACCAGGGCCCCUGGGACCAGGGCCCCUACGGACUGGGGCCCCUACGGACUGGGACCCCUACGGACUGGGGCCUCUACGGACUGGGGCCCCAGUCGUGUCUCAGAAUCUGGCGUCCCGGAAUCUGGUGCGCCGGCGUCUGGGUCUGGAAGAGUUGGGGCGUCGCUCUACGUACAAAAAAAGCACAGCUCGACUUUCAUAGUGACAAUUUGAGAUGUCUCUCGUUAGCACUUUGAGCUGCAUCCCUGUCCACUCAAGAAGUGCUUUUGCUGGGAAACAUUUCGAAUACAAACGGCGCCCGUCGGUCGUGGCGUCUGACUGUGCUUCUUUAUUUUUCAUUUCAUGACUCGGCGGCAGCUGUCGCUACUUGGCGUACCUCCUGGCCCGAUGCUAGGACCUACAUGUCAUGACAUGCGUACUUGGUGGCCCAGAUACGCUGGUAGACAGCUCCGGUUCCGGCCGCGCCUCGCCGUGUACCAGAUUCCGGGACGCCGUUCAGUCCGUAGGGGCCCCAGUCCGUAGGGGCCCUGGUCCUGGGGGCCCUGGUCCUGGGGGCCCUGGUCCUGGGGGCCCUGGUCCUGGGGGCCCUGGUCCUGGGGGCCCUGGUCCUGGGGGCCCUGGUCCUGGGGGCCCUGGUCUGAGCAGGGGCCCUGGUCUACCCGGAUACCCGAGGAUAUUCAUAUCUUAUGUUUCUUACACCACAGGAGGGGAAGAAGGAACACUACUCAGGACCGCAAAACGACUACUACCGAUCUCCCUAGAAGUAGGUAUCAGAUGCGGCGAUACGAAAAAGGAAGAGGAGCACAUAACCCUGAGGAGAAGUGCGAACAAAACGCACACCAAACCACGUAGCACGGACUUCUCGAAUACGAAGAGAUCCCUGUCUCUUCGAAAAUUUCGCUUCCACAAUGAAGAAUUUUUUGACAAGGCUUUACCAGUACCUGUAACAAGUAAAACUAUGUAAAAUGCGACCAAGAAUAGGAUAUCAAUGUCAAAACGUAAAUCGCUUCAAAUUUUAUUUUCGAAACAGUGUUACGAUCAUUCUAAUUCUAUCAAAAAGUAGUAUAAUCACAAAGACAACCACAACAAAAAUAAGAUGGUCCCCGGUUUCACCAAAUUUUAUAGCCGCGUCCUGUUUACUACUGCGAAGCCUACUGGUGGCGCAGCACUGAAGAUGAGGAAAACAGUGGGUAAGUAGAAGUAUUUCUCGACACCAGUCUGCUUCCGUCAGUUAGUACAGGGAGUUCGCGUUGCUAAUUAUAAUUUUCCUUCGAAAAACCCUCAGUUAAGUUUUUUGUCGUCCCCGCAUUUGAAAAUAUCGCAGAGUGAGAACUUGAAUUCAAAAAAACAUUUUUUCCGAAAACCAAAC